GUAAGACUAUAGCCUGUCCUCUAAAGACGAAGAAAAAAAAGUAAACAAUCUAUAGGUAAUAAUCACCAUAAUAAAGCGUGUUUUUGUAUAAAUUAAAUAUUUAAACGAAUAUAUUUUUGUUCGGGCUUGACUACCUACUAUAAAAUAAAGCAAUACAAGACACACAAUAUUGUAAACAUCAAAAAUGGCCGAUACUAGUAACAAAGAGCAAUCGUCUGUUUCAAAAGUACCCAUGAUAUAUGUUUGUGGAGAAUGCCACAAAGAGAAUGAAAUCAAACCUAGAGAUCCCAUCCGUUGCAGAGAAUGUGGUUACAGAAUUAUGUACAAGAAAAGAACAAAAAGAUUGGUUGUCUUCGACGCCCGGUAAUACACUGUAAUGCGCUACAACAUACGGUAUUAAAUCUAAGAAAUGAUAAUAUGUAAAAAAAAUAUUACUCAAUAAAAGAGGACAAUUAA